AUGGCACCACGGACCCAGCUUCCUGGCCAGUAUCCCCCGAUCGAUCGCGGUGAGCCACCCACCCAGCCACCCACCGAAGGGCAGGAGGGGCCGGUGCGGGCCGUCCUGGUGGGCUACGACGACCAGUUCACCUUCGCCAAGCUGGCGCAGGCCUGCGGCUACCUGCGCGACCCGCAGUGCCUCCUGGUGGCCACCGACCCCGACCCCUGGCACCCGCUCAGCGACGGCCAGCGUACCCCCGGGACUGGCAGCCUCACAGCUGCUGUGGAAACCGCUUCAGGUCGCAAGGCGCUGGUGGUGGGGAAACCGAACACGUACAUGUUUGAUUGCAUCGUGGAGCGUUUCGGUGUCGACCCGUCCCGCACCCUCAUGGUGGGAGACCGUCUGGAGACAGAUAUCCUCUUUGGCAAGAACUGCGGCCUCUCCACCAUCCUCACCCUGACAGGUGUCUCCCGCCUGGAAGAGGCGCAGGCCUACAUGGCCAGCGACAGCGCUGCUGCCAAGGAUCUGGUGCCCAAUUACUAUGUGGACAGCAUUGCAGACUUGAUACCAGGGCUGGAUGAGUAGCAGUCUGUACAUGUGAGGGCAGAGGGGUCAGGUUCCCCAUCCCAAAUCUCCAUCUGUUCCCAUAUCUCUCUCACAGCCCUAUUCCUUCAAUUCCUGGUUUCUUCACAUUCCAACAUCCUUCUCUGGGCGCAAAAUGGGGGGUGGUUGGCAGGAGGGGCAGGAUUCAAUUUGUCUCCUUUCUGCUGAGAGCUGUCCAUGAUGGACAGAGUCCUUCUCUCCCUCACACCAGCUGCCAGCAUCUCUGGGAGAGAGCUGGAGGCCUUGAGGGUGAUGGGGUGGCAUCAAAUCUGUCUGUGUGGCCUCUCCUCCUGCAGGGGUUAGGGACUGGCUGUCUUACUACUUUUCUCUUAGAUAACCAGUGGCGGCCUUUUACUGCUGUCCCUUCACUCAUGUAACUCAACUUCUGAGCUGCAUCCCUGCAGCCCUUGUAACCUCCUCCUUUCCAGGGGACUGGCUGGUGUUUUCACCCGCGCAGUCUCUGUCAAUGCCAAGGCAUGUGGAAGGAGUGUGCCAGACCUCUGGAGCAAUGAAUGAGAGCAUCUCUGCUUCCCACGAGUGAAAGGGAGUAUUGCCUCAUCUAUUCUCUCCCCUGUUCCUUAGAGAUGUUUCCCUCACCACCCACUGCCCCAACUCAGUUAAUCAUGAGUGUCCAUCUGUGGACUGUGUCUAUCCGAAGGACUACAAAAAGGGAAGAGACUGGUUUGAGGGGGGUUUUUUUGUGCCAAACAGACAAGCUGUGACUGCACACAGCACAUCUGAGGUUGUACCUUGUUUUCAAGCACAUUUUCCAAAGGGGCUUGUGAAGGAGAGAGGGCUUCUAAGACCACAACAGCACAACAGUAGUGAACUCUCCCUGGUUUUCCCUCCUCGGUUGGAUUUUGCCAUAGUACAGUGAGAGAAUGGAUGAUGGAGGGGGUCUGUGCUCCAGGGAUGAUGGAGGGGGUCUGUGUUGGUAUGCAGGUGAGAUGGUGGUGGUAUUGUCACUGCUGUGAAUGUGUCACAGCCCUCAAAGUCAUUCCUUGCUGCUUUGUCUUUCUACAUUUUUUUUAAUUUCUUGAUCUUAUUUAUCGAACUUAUUUAUUGUUCAAAUAUUGUAUUAUUUGUAUAAACUAUGCUGACUGAUUGCACCAAGGGGACAGGAGGCAGUGCCUUUGGGCCUCCCUUACUGUCCAUGUCCCAUGUUGAUGUUCUUGCACUUACCAUGUCUCUGUAUAUAAUAAAGUGUGAGCGUAGG